AUGAAAAAUACAUUUAGUAAAUUUAAGAAUAAUGUUGUAAAUGCAUUUUCAAAUGGACCUAAAACAACAGAUACAAACUUUGAAACUGCAAGAAGAGAGUUUACUGCAUUCUCUGAAGCAACAAACAAUACCUAUCAAUCACUUGUCAAACAUGAUAAAAAUUUAAAGAAAACAUUUAUUGAUCCAAGUAGUUUAAACAAGAAUAUACAAAAAUACUUUGUAUCUGAUCAUCCAUUAUGUAUUUAUACUACAGAAGUAUUGAAACAAGUAGAAUUUUCAUUUAAUGAUUGGGUAGAGAGUCAAAAGACCAAUUACGACCUCUUACAACAAUAUGUUGCACGUAUAAAGUUUAUUCGUGAAUCGAUUUUGGAUCGUGAUGGUGUCGUGGGAGAGUUGGAUAGAUCGGCUGGUAAGAUCAAGGAUCUACAGGCCAAGCCAUCCAAAGACCCACACAAACUACCAAAUGAACAAAACUUUUACAAUGCCAAAAAGGAGCAAUACGACGUGCUAAACUAUAAGCUCUUGUCGGAUAUUUCACAAUUCUUUGAGGACAAGCAGAGCCAAUUUGACCGUCCACUCCAAAACAUCAUCCUAUCACUUGGAUACCUCUUUACCAGUAUCUCUACCAACCACUCGAAACAUACUGCUCUCCUUGAAAAGAAUCCACCUUACUUUAACCCUGUCAAGGAUCUAGUAGGUGUAGCUCCAACUUCCUAUACAACUCAAGAAUCAAUUGGUAAAUCAUUUGAUAAUCCUCCACCACCACUUUCACUUAGAAAGUCUUCUUCUCCUCCUAUUCCAAAUGGUGCAAACAAUAAUCAACAACAAUAUAAUGGUAAUGGUCAUGACUCUUAUCAACCACCUCAACCAGCUUAUCAACCACCUCAACAACAAACAUAUCAACCACCACAACCAUCCUAUCAACCUCCACAACCAUCAUAUCAACCACCUCAACAAGCUGCACCACCACCAAGACCAGUUUCAGUACAAUAUCAACCACCACAAGCUGCUCCACCAAGACCAGCUCCACACCAACCAUCCUAUCAACCACCACAACAAGCAGCUCCACCAAGACCAGCACCUCCACAACCAUCACAUCAAGCAGGACCACCUCCACCACGCCCAUCAGCACCAGGUGUAUACCCAGGCCCAGGAGUAUAUAAACUUCCAGCUCAACAAGAUCAACAAGGACCACCCCCCCCACGUCCAACUGGAGGUCGCCCACAAUUACCAUCUGCUCCAACCACACAAUACCAACCACCCAGUCAAUACCAACCACCAACCCAAUAUCAACCACCAAGUCAAUACCAACCACCAACUCAAUAUCAACCACCUCAACAACAACAACAACAACAACAACAUCAACAAUAUCAACCACCACAAUACAACCCACAACAAUCAUAUGAUUCAGAUUUUGUAAAUGAACAAGCCAAUGGAUACGCAACUUCAGUGGUGACCAAUCCAGAAUAUCAAAGAGCUGCUGGUAAUGCCGCUGCCAACAAGGCCAACGAUCCAAGAGUUCAAGGUCAAGUUGGUGGUCAAAUUGCCAACAAUACCAGUAAUCCUUAUCUAAAGUCUGCUGCUUCCAACUCCAAGGUUCAAGGUGCAGCUGGUAAAGGUUUUGGUUUUGCUGCUCGUAAUGAAACUGUUCAAAAUGCUGCUGGUAAUGCUGCUGCAAAUCAAAUUAAUAAUCGUCAAUAUUAA